ACAUGAAAGCUGAACUGGUUAAUUUCUUUUUAAACCUUUAUUCUUUUUCUCUGGUGUUCAACUGGGCAACUACCUCAGAAAUUGAAAGCAAUUCAUCUUAUUUCAAAUGGGAUCCUCGGGGCUAUGUUUUUUACUGUCCUUGCAUGGGUAAGAAACUUUACAAUUUUUACAGUUUGAUAUUACUAAUUAUUAAGCUUUUAAGAACUUAAGCUUAUAAAAAACUAAGUUUAUGCGGUAUUUAACUCAUACUCGUAUCCCUCAUUUCCCAAUUGCGUUUUCGCUUUGCGUUGUUGCCCUCGCCUCGAAAGUUUACAAUUCGUCUGUAACUCUUGAAAAACCUGGCUGGUAAGCUUACAUUUAUAAAGCUCAUAAGGACAAUACUUGUUCGAGAAAUACUUUUUGCCGUUUGUCUCUGAUGACUCUUAGUUAAUUUGGGGAGGAGAGUUAAUUAAUCCAGUGAAACAUCACUUUUGGGGCACCUUCCAUUUAAGCAACCCUAACUUUUCUCUUCCCCCACCCCUCCCCCAAAGAUCUUUAUACAUUUAUCAGUUGCUUUUAUUCAGGGGAUUGGUCACAAUAGGAUUGUCUCCUGAAUUAAGGCUCCACUUUAUAUAACAAGUCAUAGAUUCAGACCUUGAGUAAAGGCGUGGGGAACCCAAGGAUAAAUAAUAUUGAUCUCUUUUUGAUAAACAGGGAGGUUUGGAAAUCAAGCUGAGCACUUUCUGGGAGCAAUAGCAUUUGCUAAGGCCCUUGACAGAACAUUGAUUCUUCCACCAUGGAGAACAUAUGUAAGUGAUAUUUUUUCUGAACUGCAUAUUAAAAUAACUUUUCUGAAGAGUAGUCAACUUUUCACAGGCAAUAUUAAAAUGAUAUGUUAGUAAAAUCCAACUAGUGGUGUAUUAUCAAUGUUGCAUUUUGAUUGGUUGAGCCAGCAGUAGGCUAUGUUAUAGCCCACUAGUAGCGAAAAGCGCUGGCUUUGAAAACCAAAACAAUGCCUUCAGCCUCAUAGCCUAUUGACUCAGAGCUCAUUCGGGCUCGAGGAAUAAUUGUUAAUAAUAGAAAUGUAGUUCAGGGUUUCAAAGGCAUACCAAGUACUAUUGUAAUAUAUCUGUGUGUGUUAUUAUUAUUAUCAUGUGAUCCUCUCCAGUUCUUUUUCUGGGGACAGUCAUUUCUCAGCAGCAAUCCCACAGCUUAGAGACAUAACACUUUCUGCAUAGGGCAGUCCCAAGGAUGGCUGACAACUGCACGUGCACUUCCAAAAAUACCUGGUAGACUCAAUCUCCCAUACCAGGCCUGUGCAUUCCCCGAGACAGUUCCAAGUGCACCAGUCAUGAUGGGUAUUAUUAUUAUUAUAAUCAUCAUUAUUAUUACUAUUAUUAUUAUUAUUAUUAUUAUUAUUGUUAUAUGACUAUCUUCUUUAACUUUAUACGACCAUUGAUAAUACAACAUAAUAGCCAUGUCCAUUUAUAGGGUCAACGGAUUAGAAUGAAACACAAGUCUAUUUGAUAGAGAGUGUCUUUCUUAGGAUGGGAGAUGUUGAUCCAAGGAGUGUGUUCUUCUGUAGCUGAUGCAUUUUGAGCUUAUCCAGGAACAAGUUGGAUGUUUUUCUCCAAUCCUUUCUUGUUGUCCCAGGACUCCUAUCACCACCGAAAUUGUUGUGGCAUUUAUCACCCGCAUUCAUUAUUAUUGUUGUUAUUAUUAUUAUCAUUAUUAUUAUUAUUAUUAUUAUUGCUAUUAUUAUUAUUAUUAUUAUUAUUAUUAUUAUUAUUAUUAUUAUUAUUAUUAUUAUUAUUAUUAUAUAGAAAUAGAAAUUGGGAUAGCCCAGACUUCAUGCAGUUUUGAUUUCUUUUCUUUUCUUUUCUUUCUUCUUUCCUUCUUUCUUUUGUUUUUUGAAUAAUCCAAUCUCAAGCAGCACUUGUAAACUGCCUAUAUGUAGCAAGAUUUACAAUUGUACAUUCAAAAACACAAAUAAACUUUCCAUUAAUUGUUAUUAUUAUUAUUAUUAUUAUUACAACCAACACAUGUCUGAGUUGUCCUCUCUUGUACAAGACUUGAUGAAUGACAUUGAUAUAAAGCCACUACAUCCUAAACACAAACUUCUUCUGUACAGCCAUAUUAUUAUUAUUAUUAUUAUUAUUAUUAUUAUUAUUACAACCAACACAUGUCUGAAUUGUCCUCUCUUGUACAAGACUUGAUGAAUGACAUUGAUAUAAAGCCACUACAUCCUAAACACAAAUUCUUCUGUACAGCCGCUAUGUCCUAUCUAAAUUGUCCUGGCAUUUCACUAUGGCUAAUAUAUCCAAAACCUGGAUAACGGAAAAUCUCGACUCUGUAGUGAAUGGCUAUAUUCGAAAAUGGCUUAAUAUUCUGAUAUCUGGAACACUGAGCAAUGUUUUCCUAGAACGCAAUAAAUUUGGUCUUAAUAUUUUUCCUCCCUCUAUUAAAUUUACUCAGUGCCAAACAGUUCUCCGAAAUUCAUUAAAAGAGUCACCAAAUGCUUCCUUAAAAGAUCUCUAGAAAUCGUCAAGCUGUCACACUAAUAUUCAAUAUGAUGUGUACAAAUCCACUAAGGAAGUUCUUAAAGAUUUCCAUUCUAAUCAAGAGGAUAAACUGCAACACCACCUAACAUCUCAAGGUUUCUUCUUCUCAAAUGUUAUCAAGUAUUCAUUGUCAUCUGUAAAUUCUAUUUGGUCAGAGGCCCAGCCUUAUCUACAUCUAUUAUAAUUUAUUGUUAUAAUUAUUACAGAGCCAUCCAGGCACUUUCAAAUCAAUAUAUAUGGCAGGCAGAGGGUGUGUAUAAAGUCAUGUAUUAUUAGUUUAUUAUUUUAUAACUUUAUUUAAGACAAGAGUACUAGUUGCCUUUGAUGAUUUUAAUUUUGCAAAUAUGUAUUUCCUAUUUUGUAGUCUCCACUCCCUUUCUGGCCAAUUCCAAUGCUGAUUUGAAUCAGUGUUGAUAAAUUCUGUUCUGAAUUAUGAGCCAUUUUCUUGAGCCACACACUCUGGAUUGUGUGACAUUAAGAGAAGGCUGAAAUUGAUGUUAGAUUAGUCCACACUUAUUCCAAAACUCCAGUGACAGUCUUGCAAAGAUUUGCAGUGAAACAUGUAUCUGGCAUGAAACUGUGAGUUUUAUAGUACUUCUUCAAUAAAAGGAAAUAAAAUUUUACUCAAAUCACUUGCAUUCAAUGAUAUACCGCAUAAGAAAAAAAACAUUUGAUAAUAUUUAUUUUAUUUAAAUUUUUGCCAACAAGCGAGUAAUAUGAUCUCUUCUGUUUUUUUUUUCCACAGAAAAAUGUCCCUUUCUCAGAUUUUUUUCAAGUAGAGCCUCUCCAGUCAUAUCACAGAGUUAUCUUAGCAGAAGACUUUAUGAAGCACCUGGCACCUACUCACUGGCCAAAAGAAAACAGGCGUGGCUACUGCUGGCUACCUCCUGGAUCUAAUGCCAAAUGUGUUCUAAAGGUAAAGGGCUGUACCAUCCAACAGGGUUAAUUGUUAUACUUUACUACCUUUUUAUGCAAGUCCCCACUCUAGGGCUCAAAAUAAUGACCGGUUACUGGACAGUGUCUGGCUAGGAUGACAAUUUGUCCAGACAAACUUUCAGUUGGUCGGUCAUUUUGAAAGGUCAAGUGCAUGGCUUUCAAAUAGAUAACUGGAAACAUUAAUCUUUUCUGGAAUUAUAAUUCUGAAAAUUACAAAAGAAGUUAAAUGAAAUAAAAUAUAGCUGCUUGCAGUCACAAAUUCAGGAGAUAUGUCCAAGUUUGCACGCAGUUUUGUUAAAACCCUGUAUCCGCCCCUGGUAGGAAUAUCUUAAGUGCAAUUAUAUCAAAGGGUGAAAGGGUAGGAAACAAUGUCAUUUAGUUAUUUUAAGGGCCUUAUUAAAAUAUUUUGAGCAGACGAACCUUAUGGCUAUAUCAUUAUUAUUUGUUAAAUGCUUGAAAUAAUGAAAAGAAUACUUUACUGUUAGUAGGUUUAUAAAAGGGGCACAAUUUUGCAAUGGAAGUUAUACCAGAGGGAUAAAUUUUUUUGCCAAAAGUGGUAUACAACAAGUUAAAGGGUUUGGGCCUUGGGACGGAGCCUCCGUAUAUAAAGCCUUGUUGAGUACUCCCCCCCCCCCCAACCCCAGACAGACAACAGAGUUAAACAGAAAUUUAAGUGACACAUUCGUAGUAAAGACAUAAAUAGGUGACUUCAGGCUUAAACUUUCACAACCGCAGGAAGGAAAUCCUUUCAAACCAUUUUGGGAUGAACUCGGAGUUGAUUUUGAAGAAAAGAUUGUCUAUCAUCUUGGUAUUCGGGUACAGGACCCUUAUGAGAGAGACCAGUGGAAGAAGGAGUAAGUAUUUUUUUUUUUUAAAUUCUUGAAUUCAAUUUCUUUUCCGUCAACAUGCAUUUUCUCGAUACAUUUCUUUAUGGUAGUAAUAAGGAGAAUUUGCCGACGCAUGAAAAAUUCAGUCAUUAUUUAAACAGUUCAUAGGUAUGAAAGGAGCAGCUCAUUAUACGGCAGGGUAAUGGUAAGCCCCGUGUAAAAGGACGCAACAUUGUUGGCUAACAACAGUGACUCUCAACAAUUGCGUCCGUUUGCUCGUAGCUUUACUCGGGACGAUUUGCCACGACGUUUUCUAUGGCGAACAAGUCGAAACAAUGUAUCAAAAAUGUUUCAACGUUAUAAUGUGCUGAAAAUCCGGCUUCGUUGCGAAUCGACCCGUGUUACAUUGCAGUAAUUUCCAUUUUUCAGUCUUGGUCCAUAAGAACGCAAUGAAAAAUGACCUCACCUUCGGUCAAUAAGGCAUUUAUAUUUUAAAAGAAUGGUGCUGAAAAGUUCAUCUUCUCUUCUGUGACAGAUUUCCACCCUCAAAGCAUCCUGUUCUUGCCUUCCGAGGCGCACCAGCAAGUUUUCCAGUAGAAGAGCAGAAUCGCCAGCCACAUGCUUUUCUAAAGUGGUCGGACAAGAUUAACAAAGAGGUAGACGAAUAUAUUCACAACAACUUGCCGCGAGGACCAUAUAUUGGAAUUCAUCUGCGCAAUGGAAUUGACUGGGUAUGACAACCAUUUUUGAAUCAUAUUUUUUCCCUUUUCCUCGUAAAAAUCAGUAUUUGAAAGCUAAAGGAGAAAACAAAUUUUUAAAAAGCACUUCAACUCAAAUUCUUCAAUGUUUGAUGUAGCUGACUGAAAGAGUGUUACAUUCAACUGUGUCUAACUAGUAAGGAGUAAAACUAAAAACUGUAAGCAAAAUGUUUCCUGUUUCAUUCUUUUUUUUGUCAGAAAAAUGCUUGUGACCACGCAGAGGGUAUACCCCAUUACAUGGCCUCGCCUCAGUGUCUGGGAUACUCACGUUACAGAACAGUCACAAGGAAUCUUUGUUUCCCACCAAAGGAAGACAUUCUUAAUCGCACAGAGGAAGCUGUCAAAAACCUCGGCGCAAAAGCUGUGUUUGUUGCUACCGAUUAUGACCCAAUGUUGACAGAACUGAAUUCCAGACUUAAAGGACUCAAUGUAAGUUGAUGUUGAGUUUACGUGGAAAGAAGCGUGUUUCACUGAGAGGUGGCACGGGGGGGGGGGGGGAUGGGUCAAUUUUGGGAAGUUUGGGUGGGGGUCAAAGGUGUGCCGCGGAGGCCUUCAAAAGUCAUUUUGCUACCCUGUUUAAGAAAAAAGACGAUGUACACAGAAUUUGAAAGUGUUUAGUAUUAAGACCAACAUAAUCGAAUGGGAUUUUUUCAAAACGUAUGUUGGUCCCACAAAUCAACACAUCUUGACUGCGCACUGCCAACGUUUUCAUCCUUGGUUCAAAGCUUCCGGAGCAAAAUUUCUGGAUAACAAAAAACCGAAAACGUAAAAAGUGAAUUCGCACUAUUUCAAUCUUUACCCGUCUUAUUCAAUUUCAUUUAAUUUGUAAAAUGUUGUCCAAAUUUCCUGGGGUUGAAUCCGAAAGGAACGUGUCUAAGUAAAGAAAAACCUCAGUUUUUGUGUCAUGUUCACCGACGCCAUAAAGCGGGCGCGUGAAAUUGGAAAUUUCAUGUCGCAUUUGUGCAACGAAUGCUGAGAAAAAAGCGUUAUGCUCGUGCAAAGUUGUUGUUUUGCUGCUAUAAAAAACCUCUUGCUUUUUCGCCGUUCUCGUUGCCGUCGCCGUCGUUGUUAAGCUCCGUCUUGAUGUGAUUCAGAAAUUUUGCCACCAUGGUAACGUGACGUCACACUUCUCCUCGCUAUUGAAAACUAUUUCAAACGAUAUUUUGGCUGGCCAGACCAGCCUUCUUCAGGUCAACAGAUGUUACUAAAUUUUUAAAAGGGAUCAAAAAGGAAGAUUCACUACUUUUUCUACUGCCUAGGCUAGUUAUUCAAUGCUCUUAAUAUUUCUGGUUGUUUUCCAGGUGCAAGUUUUCCAUUUAAACCCAUGGCUUCCUCAGCUGGAUCUUGCCAUUCUUGGCAGAGCGGAUCAUUUUAUCGGUAAUUGUGUGUCUUCAUUCUCGUCAUUUGUGAAACGCGAAAGAGACUUCAGUGGCAAACCCUCAUCUUUCUGGGCAUUUGAUGGUUAACACAUGACUUUUAAAAGUUACGCCUGAUGAGUUGGAAAAACUCAAGUAGAGAAACUUUUAUGGAAUUUUAAAAAACAUUGCACUGUUGUAAACUCAGAUGUACCAAAGAAAAUAUGUAAUUGAACAGCAGCGAACGGCAACUACUAGUAUUUAAUAGACAAAUCCAACAAACUGGGCUGUGCUGGGCGUCCUGCGUCUAAAUAAGGUCGUGUUCGACAGGGCUAAGAAAACGCCCUUAGAAAACGCCCUUCUUUGUCGACUUUGCGCAUGCGGAAAUCAGGUCGUGGAAAGUUACACGGUCCACAGACUCUUACGUAAGAUAGCCAUUACUUGGAAUUCUUGGAAUUGAAUCACAGUUCUUCGCAGCAAUGAACAGAACUAGAGCAGUUGGGAAAAGAAAUUAUAUAGGCUGAAAACUUGUAGUCUCACGCGCGCUCCUUCUUUUGUUUCGUCACGCGACGCACCUCCUCUUACAACUAAGGCCCGGUCCGGACGCCAUAGCCGAUUCGAAUUCGAAUUUAGGCAGACUCAAAAGGCCGGCUGAAUUGACUCAGACGCCGAUCUUCUUUGCAGCCGAGCUAAAUUGGAAAAGAAAGAACGCCUAAUUCGGUAAACCUCGUUACUUGAAUUUAUUCAUUUGUUUCGGCUCAUUUGAAGUUCGGCGUCGUAACAAAACCAGCUGAGCCAGGCAUGAAGAAUGGCUAAGCCGAUCCAAAUUCAUUUAGACAUUGCGAAUUGAUUCAGGCAACGUGUAGAUUUCACAAUUACUUAUUUCCUUGAAUUCGAUUAGGCUCAUGUGAAGUACGGUGUAUGAACCGUUAUAAGCAAUCAAGCCAACUGGAAAAUAGACUGCAAAACAGUCGGUUUUUUUCUCAAAAUCAGUAAAGAAAUCGGUGUUUUCAGCCUCGUUGCAGACCUUUUGUUUGACUGCCCGCGCGUACUUGACUACGCAAAAAUACGGACUGUUUUGCAGUCUAACUGUAAAACUUAUCACUUUCACUUGUUAAGAGCCACUGUCACGUGUUCAAUAGCCACUCUUCGUGACUGUGUUAAAUAAUCGUGAAUAAUUGUUUUCGUGAUUACAAUGCUCUAUAAUACAGCCUGACUCAAAACAUUGCAACUGCAGAACGCGCUUGGGGCCGCUUUAUCUGUCACUCUCUCGAUCACUGCAGCUACAAGACCGGUUGUAGGGUAGUC